AGCUAAUUUCCUUCCUAUUUCUUCUUCCCUUCUUAGCCUAUCCAAACAAUCCAUUUCUUGCAUCCAAAGCAACUGCUGCAAACACUCUCUCCGCAAAAUCUUGAACCACUUCUUCUCUGCGUUCAUGUGAUUUGUGUUUCAGAAGCAAAGGAUUUUGUCUUCAGAGAGCUAGAAAUGAGUUGCAACGGGUGCCGAGUUUUGCGAAAGGGAUGCAGCGACUCGUGUAUUCUACGCCCGUGCUUGCAGUGGAUUGAGAGCCCCGAAGCCCAAGGCCACGCCGCCGUCUUCGUCGCCAAGUUCUUCGGCCGCGCUGGUCUCAUGUCCUUCAUCUCUGCCGUCCAGGAAAAUCAGCGUCCCGGUUUGUUUCAGUCUCUUUUGUUUGAAGCGUGUGGAAGAACUGUGAACCCUGUAAACGGCGCCGUAGGCCUGCUAUGGACAGGGAACUGGAAUAUUUGUCAGGCGGCAGUGGAGACUGUCCUACGAGGCGGUGCACUGCGUCCGAUGCCGGAGCUACUUUCUAGUGGUGGAUCUCCUACGCCUGCAUCCAACGAGGCCUCCGAGGUUGCCUGUACGGACAUCUGGAAGCUUCAGGAUCCGAGUCCGACUUCCAACUUUAGAUUUUCCAGUUCGAGAUCCAAUGCGUCAGCGAAGCGCAAGCGAACCGACGAAUCUCCAAAGCUGCCGCAACUGCAACUGAAACAGCAAUCGGCCGAUCUGGAUCUUCUCUUGUCACCGAGAUUUUCCCUUCACAAGCAGGAAAUCCAAAGGCCAGGUACGCCAUCGAGGAACUCAAUGGAGUCGGUGACCACAACUUGCUUCGAAAGUGGAUUGGGCGAUCAUUACAGCAACGGAGGAGGGAAUAGAAAGCUUCUUAACCUGUUUGUUUGAAGAGAAACCUCGCUUUUGUUUCUCUUCAUUUUUGUUGUGAGUCUGACGUUCACAUGGAUAAUCUAUGGUAGAUUGGUGUAACAUUCUUCUGUUUAAGGGGUUUUGGUCCGGCGAGGGGUUUUUGGUAAUUAGUGAAGAGAGAAACAUGACGGUUGCCGGUAAUUCUUCACCAUCUUCUUUUACUGUUCUCUUCCUGGUUUUAUGUCUACUGAUUUCCUAGUGAUGGCUGUUAAACAUGAAUAAAAGCAGAGCUAGCCUGUUUUUCUUUUCA